GAAGAGUCUGUUCGUCCCUCUCAUGAUGCAGAUGGGACCAUUUUGAGAAAAGUCAAGUGGACCCCAAUUUUGUUUUCUCACUCUCACUCUCACUCUCACAAGUCACAACCAUCCGGCUUAAUAAAUCACUGAAAUAUGGGUUCUGAAGAGCCUGCUUCUCCACCUGAAGGGGUUUCUAAACUCCAUUUCUGUCAAGCUUUUUAAGUUCCUCAUGAUGGGUGGGAGGGUAGGGAGAUAAAUUCAAGUACCCACUUCGGUUUGCUCUUCAAUCUUUGACGAUCUCCUGUUUUUAAUGUUGCUAAUUAAGUCAUCUCCACAAGAACUGGUCCUAAGGUUAAGCAGCACAGCGAGUUCAUGAAAAUGCUUGGAACCUAAUUCUCAAGACAGCGACUAAGUAUUGGUAGUUUGUACUGGGCAGCAAUUGGAGGACUAGGGGGUUCUCCCAUUCCUGAGUUCAAUAGAAACUGCCAUUUUGUCUAAAGCAGUAAUUAUGGGAAGCAAACUGGUGUAUGAACAUCCUUCAAAUUGCACAAUCCCAGUGGAAAUUGCUGAGAAUUUUGAAGAAUUAUUUCCUGAACACAAUGAACUUUCAUUCGAAGAAAUUCUUCUAGCCCAGGAAAGCGUCUACGAAUCUCUUAAGAAGAAUGACAAUGGUCUGGGGCAGGUCUCUAAAGAAAAUGCUGAAUCUUCACAGCUUAGAAGUUCUGAGUCACAAUUAGAUCUUGAUGAAGCUAUAGCUAGAUCUUUGGAGUUAGAGGAACCUUUAGAUAACCUGUCAAUAUCUGAACCCACAAGAGCUUCAGCUGGUAAUGGGAGCAGCAAUGAAGCAGGAAGUUCAACUUCUGCAGAAACUCAUGUAUUGGUGGUGCAUCAAGGUAGUACCGAUCCAGAUAAUAUGGCUUACGAGGAAUUGCUAGCAUUAGGAGACACUGUUGGCACAGAAAGCAAGGGACUGUCCGAAGACCUCAUUGCCAGGUUGCCAACUUCCAAGCACAAAAGAUCAAUUUUCUCCAAGAAAAACCGACAUGCAGAGUGUGUGAUAUGUCAAAAUGAAUACAAAAACCGAGAUGAGUUGACCACUCUGCCGUGUAUGCACAUGUAUCAUACAAAAUGCAUUACCCGCUGGUUGAGGCAAAGUAAAGUAAGUUAUAUUCCAUUUGUCAUAAUUACAAAAAAAAAAAAAAAAAAAAAAAGAAAUUUCCAUUCGUCAUUUUCUAGAUUACUUUGGUUGUCUGUGCUUGGAGUAGUUGCUAGUAGUCACGAAUCCUAGCCCAAGCGAAGUACGUUGGAUACUGAGGAAUGACUUGUUAGAAAUGUUUUAGCCUCAUGGAAUCUUUCUUUUUUUGGUUGGGGGUUGGGUGGAGAAGUGUUUGCUUUCCUUAAAGAUGUGCAAUUGCAAAUAUUACAUUUAAUUGAAACACGUGUUGAAUUUUAAUGUAAAAUUUAGAAAAAAUUCUGAUGUUCUAUUUUUGAAUUCACCAAGAAAAUAUAAAUGGUUGUGAGUCUUAAGGUUUGAUAUACAUUGUCGGCCCACAACCUAACAGCUUAAACAUUUAGUUAUAGUGCUAAUCUAACAGAUAUCAAAGUCAUGGUUGCCAAGAGGUCCUGGGUUCUAGUAUUGUUGCUUCCGUUUAUUAUUUGUUAAGAAUUAUCUUAUUCCCUACAACAGGUGUUGUUCGUCAUUUUUUUAUCUCUCCACGUGCUAUCGGGCUGCGUGUGUGGGAAAGUGUUAAGGCCUGAUAUGCAUUGUUGGACAACCUAAAUGCUUGAGCUUUAGGCGGAGUGGAAAUUUAACAAUGACCAAGCAGAGCCAAUGUUGAUCAUUAUUCAAUAAUUGUUAUGUGUGAGUGUUAAAAUUAAUUUUUGAAAUUUGUGACGUACUUAAGCUGAUAGUGGCUUCUAUGUUUGAGUAUUCAAUGCAUAGAAACUUCAUGUCUCAUGUUUUAUGCGUGAUAAAACUGCAAAUAUCUUAUAAAUUCUAUAUUUGUCCCCAUUUUUUGCUCUUGAAAGGUUCUACUUGUAAACGUAAGGAAUGCAUUUUUUUUAGCCACGAUAGCAAGUUGCUUUAUAUUUUGUAACUAGUUUUAUUAUAUAUAUCAGUUUGAUUUUCCAUUCUGAAUCUCCAAAAUUGCCCGGAGUCGGCAAGUUGCUCAAAUACUUGUUUGAUUAUGACCCUCGUCAAUGCCCAAUAGCUUUCAAACUAAUAGGAAAUUUUUUUCUUCUGAAUCUUCUGUUUGUCCUCCAAAAAGUUGUACAUAAUUCUCUCUCUUUUACAGAAUUGCCCUUCGUGCAUCGAGGAGGUUGUGUUGCCUAAGUUCUGAUCUACAGAUGCUUGCGUCCAAAGAAUUGCAGCCCGGGUAUGAACAUAUUUGUAUGGACUCUUGCAAUGUGUAGGUGGGAUAAUCACCCUAGUUUUCCAAUUUUCAUGGAGCAUGGCACGAAACUUUAAAAGAAUAACAAAUAAAUUGAAAAAUCUUGUGUAAAAAAGCCUCUUGCUUUUAUUAAGUGUAAUUAGGGCCCUCUUGCAUGAAUUGCCCCUCCCCCUCUAUUGGAAUCGAUAUAGGGUUUAUGCUUUGUUAUUUUGAGCACUUCAGGGGUCUCGUGGCUGCUGGUUGGUGGCUCUGAGUGCGUAUGAACCUGAUAAUCUUCUUGUUAUAGCAUGUCUAUUUAUAUAUUUCAUUGCUAUGGGGCUGACCGUUCAGUUAAGGCUUCCUUGAUUUGAA